AUGGUUUAUUUCAAUCGCAGCAUAGCAAAGACCUUGAUCUUGCAAUUGAUACUUGCAAUUGCUCCCCAGGCCUUUGCUGAUGGUUUCACGCCCAAGGUGUCCAUCACAAAAUUCAACCAUCUUUCUGAGAACCUACUCUACUUUGAUGAUUCAUCUGUCGCACUUACCUUGAACGACAAAAUACUAUACCAAACCAACAACGAUGGCAAAGAUUGGGAUAAUUUAAAUAAGGAGAUCUUCAACAACAAAAAAAUAGAAAAAAAAGAUCCAGAUUUCCAAAUUACCAAAUUGAUUAAAGAUCCCUUUUACAAGAAGAGAGCGUUUGCCUUAACUGAGACUUCAAAGCAUUUUUACACUCUAGACAAUGGUGACUCUUGGGAAUCCUUUUUUUUACCCAAGAAUGCCAAAUUGUCGUUAAUUGAUAUCAAAUUCAAUUCAAGGAAUAAAGACUAUUUAAUUAUAGAUUUUUUUGAUUGUGAUAAUGACGACGAUGGAGAUUAUGAUAAAUGCAUUCACAAGUUUUAUUAUACAAAGGACAAUCUAAACUCGGAUCCAAAUUUACUAUUCUCAAAUGAACACAUCUCCUUUUGCACCUUUACUCAUGAGUCUGAGUCCUUUAAAGAAGGCCCUGAUGAGGCAAUUUUAUGUCUUGAAUCUGUCAAAGAUUCUAAAAAUCGUUUCAAAAAUUCAAGAUUACUAUAUUCAGAAAAUUGGUUUAAAGAUAAAAAUGAUCCUCAAGUUAUAACAGAUGAAACCGAAUCCCUAUCCAACUCCUAUAUUUUUGAAAUUAAAGUCAUUCAAUCCUUUAUUGUCGUUAAAAGUUAUUCCGAUAAAUAUAAUAUUAAUUCUUCAGUUAAUUUAUUUGUUUCUAAAGAUGGUAAAACCUUCAAGAAAUCAAACUUUCCAAGUCAUUUGAUGAAUGAAAUGUUUACUUUUUUACCUUCCAAUGACGAGCAUUCUCUUUAUGUUUCUGUCUGGGGUUAUAAAUCAUCAAUUGAAGGUGAUUCAAGUGACGACGACGAUGACGAUGAUUAUGAUACAGGGUUGUCAUUUGGUUUUACCUUUAAAAACGUCAUCUCGGAUCUUUAUGUAUCAGACUCAAAUGGUAUCAAUUUUAAAAAAUUGGAUAAUUUUUAUAUCAAUAAAACUGAAAGCAAUUAUUUUGGCUUUUUCACACUCGAAAAAUCCUCAUUAGUUGAUGGGAUUUGGUUGGGUAAUUUAAUGGUUGGCUACGAUGAUAAUAAUUUCUUUUUUCCCAAAAUCAGAUCCGUUUUAUCUUAUGACGCUGGUCGUUCAUGGAAUUAUUUGAAUUUUACCAAAAAAGAAUCCGAUGAGUUCCCUGAUUCUGAUUGUAAUGGCGAUGAUGACAAUGAUUGUGUUUUAAAUAUUUUGACAACAAUGGUUAGAAAUGGCGAUGGAGGAUACGAAUCCGGGCCAACUCCGGGUAUUGUUAUCGGUUUAGGUAGUUACUCUAAAUCAUCUUCGUCUCUACUAAGUUCCGAGAUUUCUACUUUACAAACUUUUAUAUCAAGAGAUGGUGGUUUGAAUUGGAAACUAGCUUUGAAUGAUCCAUGCUUUUGUCAAUUUGGUGAUCAAGGCAAUGUAAUUCUUGCUGUUCCAUAUAAAGAAGGUACAACAAGUUCAAAGAAAAAAAAGGAUACUCUUUAUUACUCUUUGGAUCAAGGAGAUACCUGGGAAACUUUUGAAUUAGAAGAAUCUGUCCUGCCUUUAUUUUUAACCUCAACAAUCGACGGAACGUCAACAAAAUUCAUCUACGCUGCAAUUUCUAACCAUAAAUCAAACAGAAUAGAUGAUAUAAAUGCAAUUGAUGAUUCUUCCCUUGGCGCUCAAUUAUACAUUUAUUCUUUUGAUUUUCAAGAUGCAUUUUCCAAAAAAUGCGAGGAAAAUGAUUAUGAAGACUGGUUUGCAAGAAAAAGCUCUGAGGAUGAAGAACCAAAAUGUGUCUUUGGUCAUAAAGAAAAAUUUCAUCGAAGAAAACAAGAUGCUAAAUGUUUUGUCAACAAAUUAUUUGAAGAUGUUAAAGCCGAAGAUGUUAGAUGUGAAUGUAAAAGAGACGAUUACGAAUGUAAUGACGGAUUUAAAGAAAACUCAAAGGGAGAAUGUAAACCUGAUUUUAAGAUACUAAGAGAAUUGUGUUUAAACGAAAAUAACAAAAAUUUAGACAAAAAAUCUAAAAGAAAUCCUGAGGAUGAACAAAAUAUUAAAAUCAAAGCAGUUACUAAAAGAAUUAUACCUGGUGAUCAAUGUGAUCCAGAAGCCAAGGACUCAUUGAAAUUGACUGAAGAUGAUAAUUAUGUAAUUGAAUGCGGUAAAAUUCUUUCCCAAUCUUCAAAUGAUCUUAUCAAAAUCUCUGAAAAGGAAAUUUCAGGAGGAGUCGCUCAAUACUAUUAUCUCAAUCAAAGUCCUGAUAACUUGAAGGAUGAAACAAUUGUUGUGAGAACCACUACUGGAAAGGUUUAUAAAUCUCAUGAUGGAGGAUUAGAUUUUGAAGAAUUAAAGAUUAAAGAAAAAAUUAAAGACAUAAUUCUUGACCCAUAUUCUAAAGAUAAUGUUUAUCUAGUAAUUGAUGAUGAAGACAAAAUUUACAAGAGUACUACUAGGGGAAAAUUAUUUAAAAAAAUUGGAGUGCCAACUAAACUCAAUAGUUUUAAAAUUCCAUCACUAACGUUUAAUAAAAUGAACUCAGACCAUUUAAUUUGGACUGGUGACAGUAAAUCUUGCGAUGAUGAUUUUUAUGGCAGUGAUUGUUAUCCCGUGGCAUAUAUUUCCAAAAAUGGAGGCAAGAAAUGGAAUAAACUAUUAGAUAAUGUUAAAUACUGUGAUUUCAGCGGAUCAAUACUCGAAGACCAAUAUAAAAAUCUGGAUUUAGUUUAUUGUGAAAAAUACAAUGAAGAAGAAAGUAAUAAUGGACUAAAAAUUUACAAGCUAAUGUCAUCAAAGGAUUAUUUCAAAAAAGAUAAAAAAGUUUUAUUUGAGAGAAUUAUAGGGUUUGCUAUAGCUGAUGAAUUUAUUGUUGUUGCAUCUGUUGACGAUGAUAAUACAUCCCUAAAAGCACAUACAACAGUUGAUGGGAAUAUAUUUGCGAUAGCCGAAUUCCCAUACGAUUUCCAUGUUGAUAAACAACAAGCGUAUACGAUAUUGGAGUCGAUUAGUAAAAGUAUUUUCAUCCAUGUUACUACAAAUGAGAAAAGAGAAAGAGAAUUUGGUAGUAUAUUAAAAUCUAAUUCGAAUGGUACCUCAUAUGUAUUGAGUGAAAAUUAUGUUAAUAGAAAUGAGAUUGGAUUUGUUGACUAUGAGAAUGUUAAAGGCAUUGAAGGAAUUGAGAUUAUUAACGUUGUUUCCAAUUACCAAGAAGUGUUGGCAAAAAACAGUAAAAAAGAGUUGAAGAGUAAGAUCACGCAUAAUGAUGGAGGAGAAUGGAAUUAUAUUCAACCACCAUCAAUCAAUUCAAAGGGGGAGAAAUACAAAUGUAUUAAUGAAAAGAAAUCGUUACAUGAGUGUUCAUUGAAUUUGCAUGGAUACACUGAAAAAAUUGAUGGCCGAGAUACAUAUGGAUCUGGGUCAGCAGUUGGAAUGAUGGUAGCAGUGGGAAAUGUUGGUAAAACAUUGGAAGCAAUUGAGAACUGUUCUACAUUCAUGACUCGAGAUGGAGGAAUAACAUGGAAGGAGAUCCAUGAGGGAGUUUAUAGUUGGGAAUAUGGAGAUCAGGGAAGUAUAAUUAUACUAGUUAAAGAUAAUGAAGUUGAUAAUAAAUUUAUUUAUUCGCUAGACGAGGGAGAACGGUGGUUUGAAUAUGAAUUUAGCGAAGAGAAUGUUAAGAUUAUUGAUAUUGCGACCAUACCAUCCGACACAUCUAGAAAGUUUAUUUUAAUUUGUGAUAUAGAAAAAAAAGAAGGUGGGUUUGAAAUUGAUUCCAAGAUAUUUACAAUUGAUUUUAGUGAUGUUCAUGAGAGGCAAUGUAAGUUAGAUUUGGACAAUCCAGAUGAAGAUGAUUUUGAGUAUUGGUCACCAAAGCAUCCGUUUAUUGCUAACAAUUGUUUAUUUGGACAUGAAGUUCAAUAUCUUCGAAGAGUUAGCGAUAAUUCUGAUUGUUUUAUUGGAAACGCACCAUUAAGAGAGGCGUAUAAAGUGUUAAGAAACUGUUCGUGCAGCCGGCUAGAUUAUGAGUGUGAUUAUAAUUAUGUAAAGAGUAAUGACGGGACAUGUAAGUUGGUUGCUGGGCUAGAAGGCAAAGACCCAAUGGAAGUGUGUCAUAAAGAAGAUGUGUUUGAAUAUUUCAAGGCCACCGGGUAUAGAAAAUUACCAUUAAGUACAUGUGUUGGCGGUAAAGAGUUUGAUAAGUUCGAAGCAAUCGCGUGUCCAGGAAAGGAAAAAGAGUUUAAUAAAGCACACAAGAGUGGAUUAAGUGGACUCAAUUUAUUGAUUGUGGUGAUUGUACCUCUAUUGAUGUUUUUAUUAAGUGCUUGGAUAGUUUAUGAUAAAGGAAUUCGAAGAAAUGGAGGAUUUGCAAUGUUUGGACAAAUCAGGCUAGGAGAUGAUGAUGAGGAAAAUGGAUUGGGUGGAUUUCAAAGAGUUGAUGAUACCAAGAUGGAUAAAGUUAUAAAUAAAAUAGUGGAUAUUGGAUUUAUAAUAUUUACAUCAGUGGUUUCAUUACAAUAUUUUAUCCGAAAUAAUUUGAUCAAAAAAUUAGUGGGAUCAAGAAGCGGUGGUAUUGGCAGAAAUCGCAGUAAUUACAGAAGAUUAUUUGCCGAGGGAACAUAUGAGGACGUUAUAAGCAAUGAGAACUUUGAUGGAGAGAUAGGGGACAGCGAUGAAGACAGCUUGCUAGGGCUGGGAAACGACGAAGAUGCCAAUGAGAUUGACAGUCUAUUUGAGAAUAGCAUUGGGUAUGACCAGGACUCUGAAAUACAGCACGCUACAGAACUACAUGAACAUGAUGAUCAUGAAUAUGAUGACCAUGAACAUGAUGACCAUGAAGAAGCGAAUAAUAAUCCUGCCUCGUUGAGCCCCAUAUCAAUACCAGUGCCUGCUCCAGCAGCACAAAAACCCAAAAAUGAUAACAUAUUUGGCAAUAAAAACGAUUCCCGCGAGCCAUUGUGA